CAUGAAUUGCCGCUCGAUUGCGGACGUAGAAUCUACAAUCUUUAAGAUACUAGCGAGCCAGUCUCGUAGCCUGCGUCAGCGAGAGGUGAGUCGCGUCUUCCGCCUGACUUACCGCUCUGGUAGGUACGGAACGGAUCGAUUCGCAGGGAAAAUCCGCUCUACAAUUUGCGCAACAUUUCAGCCGCGUGAGCGGUUUAUUCAAACUAAACCGCAUGUACUGCAUCGACUCACAGAUCGAACAGCUCAGGUAUGCUAAUCUCGUUGCUGGCAUGUCCAAUCAUGUUUGUGGAGCGAGCUACAUGGACCGCAGUGGAGGAGCGCUUUGGAUACCGCAAGCGCUUUUCCAGUCCAACCGACCUGUGAGAUAUAAAGAACAUCGGUUCAAGGUAGGGGAUGUCGUGGCCAUCAUGACAUGGAUUAAGCUUGCUUUACAACCUGUGCAUUGUAUUGAGACAGAGCCUUUUUCUGUUCUCUAUUCUUCUUAACCAUGGCAUCUUCCUUCAAAGCAUUGGGGUCUGCGGCGCUACCAUGGCUCUGGCAGAGACCCUUCACCUCCAAGCAUGUUGUGUCCGCCCUCGCUUUAGGUACUGUUAUGAUCUUGGUCACCUGCGCUUUCUAUACAUCAUUCCUAUACCCUGAACUAUUUACGCCGUUGAGGAAAAUCCCCACUCCGCCAGGCCGGUCGCUCCUCAAGGGAACGACGGCACCAUCCACGGCGACAUCUCAUGCGGCGCGCCUGCGCUACUGGACGAAAACGGUCCCCAACGACGGCCUCCUUAGGUAUUAUCUUGAGGGCAACCAGGAACGAGUGCUGGUCACCAGUGUGAAAGCGUUGCAAGAGAUCCUGGUCUCGCACGAAGCCGAGUUCACCAAGCCCAAGGCCACGAAAGAGCGACUUCGGUAUAUCACCGGUAAUGGCCUCCUGCUGGCCGAAGGGGAAGAACACAAGAUACAGCGCAAGGCUCUCAUGCCAUCAUUCUCCUUCCGACACAUCAAAGACUUGUAUCCGGUCUUUUGGUACAAGGCAAGGCAGUUAACGCAAUGUCUUGAAAAAGAAGUCAAGAACAACGACCGCUCCGUGGUUGUCCUCCGGGGCUGGGCGACCCGGACCACUUUGGAUAUCAUCGGUCUUGCGGGCAUGGAUCAUGACUUUGACUCUCUCCACGAUCCGCACAACAACGUGACCCAGCAGUACCAGCGGAUGCGACAGAAGCCGGCACGGUGGGAAGUCGUUCUUGGAUUGGUGGUGUCGCUCUUUUCUCCCCGAUGGGCCACGAUUGUCUCGAAACUGCCCAGCAACCGCCGGAAGCAGGUCCAAGAAGCCUCCAGGUACAUAAGAGGCGUCUGCAGGAGCAUCAUCCAAGAAAAGAUGGAUAAAAUGAAUGCAGGCGGCGAGGAUAGUAAACAAGUCGACAUCAUCUCCGUCGCAUUGAGAAGCGGUAUCUUCACCCAUGAAAAACUCGUGGAUCAGAUGAUGACCUUUCUCGCCGCUGGACAUGGCACUACCUCGCAUGCUCUUCAAUGGGCCGUCUAUGCUUUGUGCAGGGACAUCCAAAUCCAGAAGCGAUUACGAGAAGAGAUACGAAGCCGACUGCCAUCCAUCACGGAUGAUGAAACUCCAAUUUCGGCCGACGACCUUGAUGGCCUUCCCUAUCUUCAUGCCUUCUGCAACGAAGUGCUUCGAUUCUAUCCGCCCGUUCCGGUCACGGUGCGCGAGGCUCUCCAUGAUACCAGCGUUGGCGGCUACCACAUCACCAGAGGAACUAGGUUCACCAUCGCUCCUGGCGUCACAAACCUUGAUCCGGAGCUAUGGGGUCCGGACGCAGAUAAGUUCGAUCCCGAGCGCUGGAUGAGAAAGGGCUGUGCGAAUACCGGUGGUGUGCGGACCCAUUUUGGGUUUUUGACCUUCAUCCAUGGACCGCGGAGUUGCAUUGGAUCUACCUUUGCCAAGUCGGAACUGACUUGUUUGGUGGCUGCGCUGGUUGGCAGAUUUCACAUGGAGCUGGAGAACCCUGACAAGUCGGUAGAGUCGACGAAACGUGGAAUCGGCGCGGCUCCGGGAGAUGGAGUGCGAGUGAGACUUGAGGUCUUGGAUGGGUGGUAGAAGCAGAUGACAAACGUUGGUCAUAGUAGUAGAUAGUGCUAAAGCUUCACUGCAGUAAUAGUGGUACUAGUAGCGGGUUUCUCAGCCUUGUGUCUUCAGGUUUUGGUUCAAGUUUCA